ACAAAGUUACAAGCUUGGUGAUUAUUUUCUUUAAUGGCUUCUUUGCAACCUUUGUGGUUCUCUUUGAUGAGCAUUAUAUCCCCUUCAAAACCCUCAAUUUUUUACUCCACAAAUGUGGGCAUGCCUUUGCCUUCAACAUCGUUUAAGCCUUUGAAGCUUCCUUGUGCUGUGAGCCCUGACAAUGCUGAAUCUUCUGAACCCACAUCCCCAAACUCGCCCGAAGCUGCAUCCGAAGCUCAAGCGGAUCCUAUUGAUCCCGUGAAGCUCGCGUUUAGGAAGGCAAAUGCGUAUAAGGAAUCUAUAAAAUCGAACUCCAGUUUGGGAAUUGAGGAAGGGGAUGCUGAAGAUGAGAAUUCGGUUAAACAGGUGAAGUUUGUUGAUGAGGGACAAAAGGAUUUGCCACUCUCUGUGAAGAUUGCUAUGGAGAAGGCAAAAAAGUACAAGAAGAAUAAAGGGGUUGCCGUUAGUGAAACGACUCAAGGAUCCCCAGGAGGGAGUGAGAGGACUUCAGAAAAAGAUGUUAUGGACAAUAAUAGUGUUGGUAAGAAGGGAAAAUUAUCGGUUUCAAAGAUUGAUUUUGUGGGGCUUGACUUUGCGGAUAAGAAGAUGACUAGGGGAUUGCCACCUGGACUUGUUCCUCUUUCGGACUCUUUCUCUGAUGGUGACUUACCUGAGGUGGAGCUUAUUGUUGGAGACACAAGCAUGUUUGAUGCUGCAACAGCUCCGAAACCUGAACAGACUAAGGAAGAUGAGUCAGAAUUUUACAAGCCUAAAGUUUCUACAUGGGGUGUCUUUCCCAGACCUAGCAAUAUUUCAAAAACAUUUGGUGGUGGAAGAGUUAUACGUCCUGGAGAGGUUCUAGAGACUGAAGAAGAAAAAGCUCUUAAAGAAGCACGCACAAAGCAGCUACUUGCUGCCUACAAGGAGGAAAUUGGAUUAAAUAUUGAUCCAAAGCUAAAAUAUGAGGGCGAGGAGGCAUUGAAGGAUGGUGACUUGUUAAUGAAUGCGGGAAAACUGACGGAAGCAUUGCCCUAUUAUGAGAAGGUUAUGGAUAUAUUAACCUUCAAGAGUGAGCUCCAUGGAUUAGCUGCUUUACAGUGGUCGAUUUGUCAAGACUCCCUCAAUAGGCAAAGUGAGGCUCGAAGUAUGUAUGAGAAGCUUCAAUCUCACCCAACUCCUAAAGUAAGCAAGAAAGCAAGACAAUUAAUGUACAGUUUUCAGGCUAUGGAAAUGUUGAAGGUGACCACAGGAUCUCCAUUUUAUUUAAAGAACACAGGCUACCAGAAUUAUUUUGAUGCAUUUAUAGAAAAUAAAUCUAACUACCCUCUAGAAGAUGGUGUGUUUCAAGAAAGUGCAAUGAAUCAAAUUUGGCCGUAUAUUCUUUUUCUUGUUUCUCCUAUUUUUGUUGUCCUACUUAUUGCUGUGCAGAAGAGAAUAUAAAUCUCUUUGUUUGUAUAUACGUCCACCUGCAAACAAUUCCUUUUAUUUCAUAUUUCAAUGUUCAAGUCCUUUGAACAGAAGAGAAUUCUUCCAGUUUGGACAACUUUUGUAUAGUUAUAGGAUUGUAAAUAU